AUGCCGAAUAAGUACUUUAUUUACGCCGGCGGGCGUUGGUGCGAGGUGGACAUGCGGCGGGGCCGCGUGGAGGGCUUUCGUCAACGCGCGCGUUUUUGCUACCUACGCGGCGGAAGGUUGGAAGUGGGGCGCAGUGCGACUAUCCUGCAGGCGCUACGGGCGCUGGCGGCCGGUGCCGGCGGUGCUGCGCGCGAUUCCGCACCUCUACCUCACCGGCGACGUCAUAAGCGUCGAGAGAGUGCGCGCACGCACCGCUGCUGCUCCCAGCAUCGCCAUCACUCCAGAUGCGAUUUAAACGCCAACGAGUUAGACGACAAGGAAACCCCUUUAACUGUCCAAGCCCUAGAGACUUCCCCGCGCAAAAGGAAAAGAUCCCCCAGCGAGGAAUCACACAGCAAAGCGAAGCAGAUUAAGAGCGAUGAAGCAACACAACAAACUAAGUCUCCGCAAAAGAAGGCAGUAGAAGAUAAAGAGGAGUUAAUUGUGAAAAGUCUGUUAGAAGACAGUAAGGAAAAUAAGUCACCGCCAAAGAAAACUGUCAAAGUACGAGCCCCAGAAGAAGAGAAACUAGUACAAAGUCUUCUAGCAAGCAGCUCUUCAGAAGACAUAAAGGAACAGAUACGGUCACCUAAGAAGCCUGGUCCAAGAUCACGCAAAGAAACACAAAGAAGUCCGCAGAAGUUGCAGAAAGCGAAGACUGUAGUUAGAGGGAAAGAAGAAGAGAAGUUAGUGCAGUCGCUGCUGCAGACCAGUUCUGAUGAUGAACAGGUUCCAAACAAAUCUAAAACUUCACCCAUAUCUGAGCGGGUUCUCUCGGACAGCAGUACCUCGUCCUCAGAGCAGAAAGAGAUGUGCAAGGAGCUGGUGAUCGAUGACCACGACGUGAGGGUGCUGCGCCGGUUCCUCGCCAGAACUGUGGAGGCAGAGGACCUCAAGAGGUUCGACAAAGAUGAGGAAUACAAAACCAGAGUGUUUUACAAGCUGAACCCGCUGGUGUGUCUAAAACGGUGUGGACCGCUAGAAAAGCUGCUGACACAGCGGCUCACUUUAAAGGAGUUUGCCAGACACCUCGGGCUUAGGAGUGUAGCCGACGUAACCCCGGAGAAAAGGUAUCGUAUGCGGCACAGCACGCGACAGGCGCGCAACACAGCCAGUAUAACCAGCGACAGUGAGAAAGAGAAGGCGAAUCCUGGCCCGAGUGAGAAAGAGAAGGCGAAUGCCGUCCCGCCGAAGAGGAGGCAGCUCUGGAACAGAAACAGAGAGAUGUUCAGCAACUCCCAAUCGCCCCUGUCCAGCGAGUUGAAAGUCAAGCCACAGAUACACAGACCGGCUCGAAACAGUUCCCGAGACACCACUGACAGCGACACAGAGGCCAAGCAACACAUCCGGAGACACCUCGAGAGACGGGCCAGUGCCAAGCUCAACCCGGAGAGAAAAAAAACUAAAGAUGAUGACUCUAUAGUUGUAGAGAGUGAUAGUGAUGAAAGUAGUAAAUCUGGUAAUCAAAGGAAAACUAGACGUAAGUCUAAAGGAACAGCGGACGAUGAUGAAUCUAUGCUAGUCAGUGAUGAUAAUAGUAGUAAUGCUGAUGGUAAUCAAAGGAAAACUAGACGCAAUUCUAAAGGAACAAAGGAUGAUAAAAAACAUGUGCUAGUCAGUGAUGAUAAUAGUAGUAAUGCUGAUGGCAAUGAAAGGAAAACUAGACGCAAGUCUAAAGGAACAAAGGAAGAUAAAAAAUGUGUGCUAGUCGGUGAUGAUAAUAGUAGUAAUGCUGAGGGUAAUAUAAGAAAAACUAGACGCAUGUCUAAAGGAGCAAAGGAAAAUAACGAAUCUGUGCUGGUUAGUGAUGAAAGUGAUAGUGUUGUCGUUCAAAAACAACGAAAAUCAAGAAGCAGAACUAGAGCAAAGAGCAAAACUGCUGAUGAUGAAUCAGUGGUUAUUAGUGAUGAAUCUGAACAGAGUGAUAACAAAAAAAGUGAUAGUACUAAUGAAAGUGCUGGACUAUCUACUAGGAGAACGAGAUCUCAAGGUCCGGAAAAGAGAGUGCUAAGAGAACACAACAAGUCUGUAAUUGUUAGUGAUUCAGAUAGUAACGCGCAACGGAAACGUAGGACUUCUAGAACAAAGUCUAAGGAGACUAAUAAAAGGCAUGGUAAAUCUAUUCUAGUUAGUGAUAGUAAUACAGAUGAAAAUCAGGUGAAAAAUGUCCGAACUAGAUCUAAAGACCCUAACAAAGACUUACAGGAUAUUAAAGCAAAUGAUAGAAAGGAAAAAAAAGAAAGUGAUAGAAGAACUGAAAAAGACGUUGUAGGUUCAACUGAAACUAAAAAAACAACGAGGUCAUCCAUGAAGAUUACAGAAGAUAACUCUAAGGAGAAUGACAAGGCAAAGAGUUCUAAAAAAGAUGAAAUAUCUAGAAUAAUUGAAAACACAGCUAAUAAAAGAAAAGAAAAACCAGGACCUUCAAGAAGAGAACUUAAAGAAAGUCCUAAGAAGCCAGAAAGAGAUAACGAUCGAGAUAAGUCAGAAAUAAGCGAUAGUAGCGACGCAUUUGAGACAUCUAAGUUUUCACCAAAGAAAAAUAGAGAGAACAUAAAAGUAGGUAAGCUUUUGACUAAAAGAAUAUCGGCUAUGAAUAAGCCAAGAAAUCAUAAAGGGAAAUUCAUUAAACAAAAUCCACAGAAUAGUGAAAAUACAAAUAAAAUUAAUGAAAAAGAGAAAGCUGAAAAAGCGAAUGAUGAUAGAGUUGAAAAAGGGGGUCAAAAAGAUAAAAAUAAAGACAAAAACAGACUAGACAAUGAAACAGAUAAGGAAAAAAAUAAAGUGUUAAAAGACAAAAUAGAUAGAGACAGGGAUGAAAAGGAGAGAAGUAAAGGUAGUGACGAUAAAAAGACUGAAAAUAAGGGCAAGGAGAAUAAUAGAAAAGCAGCGGCCGUUAGCAGCGUGUUUGUCAAACCUGUUAAGUUUAAGAAGUCUAGCGUGGCGAAUGGACGUGAAUACACGUCAGCAGAAGACCACGUGAUCGUCGCGUGGAUAUCCGUCGGGAACAGGAUGCGGAUGGUCAACGGCAAUGCCAUAUGGCGGGAGCUGCAGAGCGAAUAUACACGUCUCACGUCGCAGACCCGGUCGUGGCAUUCGCUCCGGAACCGCUACCUGCGCUACAUCCUGCCUUCGCUAGGCCAGCUGGCGCUGCCGCCAUCCCAAGUGUCGCGGCUACGCGCCGCCGCCGCCGUCGGUAAGAUAAAGAGUCAGCCCCGGCGGAACUCCAUAUUCAAAACCCAGCGCGUGGUCAGCGCGUCCACCGUCGGACGGAUACGGUUCCGGGCCGCGUCCGACUCCGACGCGGAUUCCGAUAAAAAAGCCUACAACAAGUCAUUUUGUAAAUGGAGUACAAAUGCAGUCACACGGCCACAAAAAGAAGCAGAAAAGAAUAGAAUUCAAAAAGAGUUGUACGAAAGAUUGGGUUUGAAAGUUGACUUCGUCAAGCAAGGGUUGCACUACGUGUCGCCUAGGUACUUCUUUUUGACAUUAGUGGUCCACAAGAGCAGAGUCAACCAUGUUGAUGAUGAUGAUGAUGAUGAUAUCCUGUUAUCCCUCACCACAGGGACAUAG